UGCACUUGCAGCGACCAGUCGUAACGAUGCAACCGUCCGGCUUGCUUGGAUUGGCAGUGUUCGCAGCUAUCGUCCGCUUGACGAGGGCCAGCGACAGUGAUGCCGCCAAUCGAAUCGCUACCUUGAAAUGUCAACACUAUCUGGACAUGGUUUCGAUCCCACACGAAAUCAUGACCCUGGAGAUGGAUUCCCGCGUCCGGAAGGUGUUCAGCGUGCAUUGUCCGCUGCACAAUCCGUACGUCGUUGGCGGCAGGCGGGUCGCGAAGCACGAGUUUCCGCACAUGGUUGCCCUCGGCUUUCUAGGAUUUGGUCGAGGUACUACUGGAGUGUACGUGUUCGAGUGUGGUGGAACGCUGAUUAGUGAACAGUUUGUCCUGACGGCGGCGCACUGCAUCAACAAUGACCUGAUGAUCGUUCGAGUGGGAGUGGUGGACCUGAACGAUUUGGAGGCCGAGGAUUUCCGCAUCGAGGAGAUGAUCGUUCACAAGGACUACUCUCCGGAAACCAGGUACGACGACAUAGCUUUGCUCCGGUUGAGUCGGAACGUGACGAUAUCACUUCACGUGCGGCCAGCUUGCUUGGGUACCGAUCGAACGGAGCGUAUUCACAGGGCUACGGUCACCGGAUGGGGGAAAUCCAGCCAAGAUUCGUACCUUUCCGACAAGUUGGGGAAGGUGUCCUUGGAUGUGCCUACCGAUCGGAGGAGGUGUGCCCGGAUGUACCGGGGCGCUGGCCAGAGUCCACUGAUUGAUCGACAGAUCUGUGCCGGCUCGUUGGAGGGUAAUCAGGACGCUUGUCACGGCGAUUCCGGAGGACCGCUGCAGGUGUUCGAGGAAGGCGAGUGUCGCUACCACGUGGUCGGGGUGGUUUCCUAUGGGAAAAUCUGCGGCUCGGCAGAGUACGGACUGUACACGAGGGUUUCGCGGUAUCUGGAGUGGAUUGUCGAGACCGUAUGGCCGAAUGAGUGGACAGACAAGGAACAUUGGGAAAGUGAAGUAACUAAAGUGCCCGAUACGAUGCAGGCUGGAUCACUAUUUGGAUUGUUGGUCGUUUGGAGCUGCCUGGUGGCAACAAGUGCCUUGACAGAGGGCGACUCGUGCCGCUUCCGCCGUGGCACUGGAAUUUGCGUCAGUUAUAGCGAGUGCCGUCCACUGCUGGAAUCCCUGGGAGGCCGAAUCAACAUUUGCACCUUCAACUCGCGGGAAGCCGUCGUUUGCUGCCCACCGGAUUACCGAACCCAACUGCAGCAACUUGCGCAAGAGAACGCCGAUCUGAGCGUCAGCGCCAGAAAAUGCAAGGAGUACCUGCGCGAGGCCACACCCACCGUGUACCUCAGCUCGUUGAAACCGAACGCCGAAGUGAUCCAGAAGCGCGGUAAGACGUGCUCCACCGAUAACAAACUGAUCGUGGGUGGAGAGGCGGCUAAGCUCGGUGAGUUCCCGCACAUGGCCGCCCUCGGUUACCGGAGCGCACCGGACGAACCGCUCGAGUUCAAGUGCGGUGGUACGUUGAUCAGUGAUCGGUUCGUGAUGACUGCGACACACUGCUUCACUCAGGAACUGCAGAUCGUUCGGCUGGGGGAUUUGAAUUUGAUGUCCGAUGCGGAUGGAGCGUUUCCGAAAGAUUUUGCUAUUGAGAUGGCUAUCAGACAUCCGAAGUAUUCGGCCAAGUCCAAGCACAACGACAUCGCACUGCUGAAGCUGGCCGGUACGGUUAAGUUCAGUACGAAGAUCAGGCCGGCUUGUCUGUACCAAUCGGCGGUCGUAGAUGAGCAAAAGCUGACGGCCAUUGGGUACGGAGCUGUGGAGAGUUACGGUAUGAGUUCCAACAUCUUGCUAAAAGUGGUCCUGAAUCAGUACGAUCAGACAACGUGCAUGAACUUUUACAGAAGUAGAGGGGCACGGGGGAUCAUCGAUAGCCAGAUGUGCGUCGGGUAUGAUGACGGUGGUCGGGACACUUGCCAAGGCGAUUCCGGUGGGCCGUUGCAGAUCCGUGACGCCGAAAACGACUGUCUAUUCCACGUGGUGGCCAUCACCUCGUACGGUAGCUUUUGUGGUGGUUCGGUACCGGCCGUCUACACGCGUGUCGGAGCCUUUAUUCCAUGGAUUGAAUCGAUCGUUUGGGGUGUCUGAGCGGAGCUACUGCUGAUAGCGCAAAAUGUUAAAUAGGUUCACAUCGUUAAUAAUAAAGGAAACCGACCAUUUGUGCCAUUUGUUGCUCAUCUAAUGGAGACGUAGCGACAAUCGACACGGCGAAGAGUCGUGUUGGUCGGUUAAUGGGAAGAACGUGUUUUGUGUAGUGAUGAAAAUUCCCAUGCCAAUCGGGAAAAACCCGUUCCGAGCGGCAGGUUAAACCUGUUU